GGAAGCUCGCUCUGUGCUUGCGGCGGGAGCCUCAGUAGCCGCUCGACAGCUGCCGUGGGCAGACUCUCGCUUUCGCCGCUCCUCGUUUUGUCUCCAUCUCUAUCUAUCUAUCUAUCUAUCUAUCUCGACCACUUUGCAUCCAUCCGCGAGUGUGAGCGACUCUGUAGCACACGCGCCUCGUGCGGUGAUUUUCCGAGCUUCGCGCGCUUUUUCCUGGUGCAGUGCCGAGCAGCGCAGGAGUAGAGCAUCGAGUGCGCCAGUUUAUCGCGAUGAUGUGCCGCGCGACCGGAGACGUCCCGCGCUCGCUGUGGUGAUCGGUGUGAAGCCGAGAAGAGAAGAGAGAUAAAAGUACAUGUUGUGCGCCCAGAAUCCGCAGCUACCGAUACCUGCCGGCAUGGCCAGGUGCCGCUGGCAGGCGACGACCGCCGGCUGCCCCGUUCGGCUGCUCCUGCUUCUCGUCCUCGCUGCCGUUUCCGGUACGCUCGGCGAAAUCGACGUGACGAUAAAAAUCCCGAUAGCCGUGGCCGAAAACUCGACAGUCAACAUGACUUGCGAGUACAACCUGCGAAACAUGCCAUUGUACUCGGUCAAGUGGUACAAGAGCCAGAAUGAGUUCUACAGGUUCAUCCCGAAAGAGAUGCCAUCCAAGUCAGUCUUCCCGCCGCUCUCGGCAAAGGUCGACCUGAACAAGAGCGACGAGCACACCGUCGUCCUGAAGAACGUCGAGGCGGACCUGGCGGGCAAGUAUCGCUGCGAGGUCUCCACGGACGCUCCCACUUUCAUCACGAGGAUGGAGUCGAGUUACAUGCACGUCGUUAGGCUGCCGGAGGGAAACCUGACGGUGCGCAUGGAGAAGCCGAGGUACGCGCUCGGCGACACCGUGCGAGGCAACUGCACCGCGCCACCGGGCAAUCCAGCGGCCAACAUCACCUGGACUGUCAAUGAACUUCCGGUGAACUCGAGCUACAUCAGGAACAUCCCGACGAGAAACGUGACGGACAAUCGGACCAUCAGCAUCGCCGGGCUCGAGUUCGAGCUCGUGCCGGAGAGCUUCAGCAACGGUAGGCUGCGCAUCACCUGUCGGGCCGACGUCUUCCACCUGUACGACGAGAAGGCCACCGUUGUCCUCGACGAGGAGCGCCCGAGACUGGCCUCGGUCCUCGGCACGCGGGAGUCCUCCCACAGCCGAAGCAGCGGCGCAAGCGACGCGACAAGCUGGCUUUUGGGGCUGACAAUCGCGAUCCUGGCCAGGACGAGAUAACAUCAGUAAGAGGAACGCCGACACGAUGCUAUAAAAUACGCCAUGAUGAAGGAAGGAAAAAACUGCAGAUAGAAGCGAACGACGCCGUGUGUUUGUAAAGUUUUUAAAUCAAUCUCGUCGAGCGGAGCUUGCAGAGAGAGAGAGAGAGAGAGAGAGAGAGAGAGAGAGAGAGAGAGAGAGAGAAAUGCCGACGGAACGGAAUAUACUUACGCGGUAUAUUAUGCAGAACAGGCCAAAGUGUUUCACACACAUGCACACGCACGCACACACACACACACACACACUGUACUAAUGCAGAGAUCGACGUAUCGAGCGUAUGUUAUUUGUGUAAAUAGAAUACUAAUUUAGUAAAAAGAAACUGUCUGUACGUAUAAAAUGCGUGACGCGCGAAUUUGUAAUCCAAAAUAAAAUGUAUGUCAUAAAUGGUGAUGACGCGAUGAUAUGGCGACGACGCGAAGACGAAGAGAAAAAUGAACGUGGAGGCCCACGAGAUGAAGCAGAAGAAGAAAUAUAUAUAUAUAUACAUAUACGUAGUUAAGAUGUUCCCUCAGAAUAUCAAAAAUAUCUCGUUUUGAGCGUAUAUAUAUAUAUAAAAAUAACAAGAACGAUCUACAUGCCCGAUGAAUAUUUUUUAUUCGAUCCCGACAGCUUUUUUUGGUACCUGGCAAAUAAAAGAAAAAAAUAUAAUAUCGCUAUUAUAUAUACUGCCUAUACACAAGAACGUCCUAUCGAGCUCUUAUAAGACGAAAUGUUGUUAUUGUUUCCCAUGGAAUCUUGUUUGAAUGACUAACGAAUAAAUAUUGAUUUUCGUUACGUUCACAGCUA